AUGAUAGGAAGCCCCUUCUCGACUUAUACUUCCAAAGAUGGGAAGUCAGUCAAAGCCAUACAUCCACCCGAGAUGGUGAUUAAACAAAAGGAUGUAAUUGCAGCUCCCUACAAAGAAACCACUGUCCUUGAAGAUAGUGCCAAUAAUUUUCGCACAGCUAGUAAAGAAGAUGUAGGUACUGUCAUUCAUCAGAAUAACUACACCAACCUAUUUCUGCAGUCUUUAGGAAAGCAAGUUACUGGGAUUGAAACAUCUGUUUCAAUGGGGGAACAGAAAUCCGAACCAGGACCCUCAGAAACCAAAAGAAAUAGAGAAGUGAGUUAA